AUGAAGGGCAACAGCAGGCGAAAGCUGGACCAGCGAACCUUCAUGGCCCAGGUGCGUGAGUGCAGGGACAAGGGCUACCUGCUCUCACCCAAGAAGAUCGGCUCCGGGGCCUUCUCCAAAGUCUACCUGGCCUACGCCACGCAGGAGCGCGUGCAGCACAACCCCCGGCUGGCCUCAGACCUGCGGGGCAAGCGCCACAGCAUGGUGGCCAUCAAGAUCGUCUCUACCGCCGAGGCCCCUGUGGAGUUGGCCCAAAAGUUCCUGCCCCGAGAGAUCUCAUCACUCAAUGCCAUGUACAAGCACCUGAAUGUGGUGCAGCUGUACGAGACCUACCACAACAGCCAGCGUGCCUACCUGGUCCUGGAGCUGGCGGGCCGCGGCGACCUGCUGGAGCACAUCAACACGGUGUCCGACCACCGCCGCUGCCCGGGGCUGGAGGAGAAGGAGGCCCACAGGCUGUUCUGGCAGCUGGUCAGCGCCGUGGCCCACUGCCACAGCUCCGGCGUCGUGCACCGGGACCUGAAGUGCGAGAACAUCCUGCUGGAUGACCAAGGCUUCCUGAAGCUGACCGCUCUGGAGGACGGGCAUGGCUCCCCAGGCUAUCCCAGCGGAGGCACCUGA